AUAGACGUAGCCAUCACGAGGCCAGGUCCUCCCUCCCCCGUCAUGGCAGGGUAGCAGCCAUAGCCCAUAAAGCACACCAUGCGUCCGCCCAAAGAACUGGUCCGUUGAAGAGUUCGCGGAAGGUUCAGGUCCUCCUCCCAUGUCAGCGUAGUUGGUGUGUCCCGGAGAUACCUGCACACGCGGCGGGGCAGGUAUUUAUCACAAGGGACGAAGCCGGCGGCGAGCUGAGAGGGGAGAACGCGCCGGAGACGAGAGAGAUGGGCGGCGAUCCGGGGAAGCUCAUCAAGAGCGUCAAGGGUGCGGCGCAGAAGUACCUCGGCGUUGGGUUCUUGCUGGGAUUCUUCCUCGUGCUCCUCACCUACUUCACCGUCUCCGAGCAGUUCGCCAUCUCGGCGCCCAACGCUAUCCGGAGGUCAUCGCCGGGACACGCGCACCCCUCGCCGUCGCUGAUCACCCCGGCCGAGGAAAAGAAGAGGCAGCAGCCCCCUGUCACAGAGGAGAAGCCACCCAAGGCAGAGUUUGCAGCGGAGGAGAAGCCUCCCAAGGCAGAGCAUCAUGCAGCUGAAGAGAAGCCCCCAGCCGUUGACGUCGAAGAGCCCCACACUAAAACAGAGGAGGACCAGAAGCCUGUCGCAGAUGGUGGUCGGAGUAGUAUCGGCGGCGACGGCGCGACGAGGGAGGAGGGCGCUCCGGCGAAGAAGCCGGCGUGCGACAUCCAGGGCCCGUGGGCGUCGGACGUCUGCGACGUCACCGGCGACGUGCGCAUCCGGGGCUCGGCGGGCACCAUCCUGAUCGCGCCGUCCAUCGAGAGCGGCGGCAACCCGAACCCGCAGGAGUGGCUGAUCCGUCCCUACUCCCGGAAGCACCAGGCCGGGAUCAAGGAGGUGACGGUGCGGGAGAUGGCCUCCGCCGCCGACGCGCCGGCCUGCGACGUCCGGUCGCCCGUGCCGGCGAUGGUGUUCGCCAUGGGCGGUCUCACCGGCAACUACUGGCACGACUUCAGCGACGUGCUGAUCCCGCUCUACCUCCAGGCGGUGCGGUUCAAGGGCGAGGUCCAGCUCGUCGUCGAGAACUUCCAGCCGUGGUACGCCGGCAAGUACCGGACCAUCCUGAAGCGGCUGUCGCGGUACGACAUCGUGGACAUGGACAAGGACGACAAGGUCCGGUGCUUCCCGGGCGCCGUGGUGGGGAUCCGCAUGCACAAGGAGUUCAGCAUCGACCCGGCGCGGGAGCCGCUCGGCCACUCCAUGCCGGAGUUCACCAGGUUCCUCCGUGAGACCUUCUCCCUCCCUCGCGACGCGCCGGCGAAGCUCACCGGCGCCGACGGCGAGGACAACGAGAAGGUGAGGCCGCGCAUGAUGAUCAUCUCGCGGCGGCACCCGCGGAAGCUGAUGAACGUGGACGCGGUGGUGGCGCUGGCAGAGCGGGUGGGGUUCGAGGUGGUGAUCGGUGACCCGCCGUUCAACGUGGACGUGGGGGAGUUCGCGAAGGAGGUGAACGCCGUCGACGCGCUGGUCGGGGUGCACGGCGCCGGGCUGACCAACUCGGUGUUCCUCCCCACGGGCGCCGUGUUCAUCCAGGUGGUGCCGUACGGGAAGAUGGAGCACAUCGGGGAGGUGGACUUCGGUGUCCCCGCCGUGGACAUGGGGCUCAGGUACAUCGCCUACUCCGCCGGCGUGGAGGAGAGCACGCUGGUGGAGACGCUGGGGCGGGACCACCCCGCCGUGAGGGACCCGGAGUCCAUCCACCGAAGCGGGUGGGGGAAGGUCGCCGAGUACUACCUCGGCAGGCAGGACAUCCGGGUGGACCUCGAGCGCUUCGAGCCCGUGCUCCGCAAGGCCAUGCAGAUGCUCAGGGAGCAGCAGUAGCGGUGGCCACGUACAGUUUAUUUUCACACUACCUUCAUUUUUAGAAAUUAGGUUUUACUUAUUGGAUUUCUCGAUUCUUUUCCAUUUUUUGGUGUUCUUUUAAAGGGGAAAAAGUUACAAACCAAAGGUUUACAUGUCACUGCAUUUAUGCUGAAAGCGCAGGCUUACGUAACAUU